GCACCUCCCACUUCAGUAGAGCCCAGGAGAGGAGGCUGUCUACCGUAUCCUCGCUGAGCCCAGCACGGUCUAGGGAGACGGGUAGGAAGAGAUUACGUGAGAGUAGCGAGGACAGCAGUAGGGUUCGGGAUGGUUCCUCGGCUAGUACGGUACGCCCAUCAUCGGCCAAUGAGGGUAAAAUGAGUGGUGACGAGGAG